CCCAGCAAGCAGUGCGCGCGACGCAAGGGCGCAGGAGGAGGAGCCUGCAGCCGUUCUUCCCGGCGGAGCCAGCUGUGGACUUGGUACAGGUGGGCAUGGGGAAGCGAUACUUCUGUGACUACUGUGACCGCUCCUUCCAGGAUAACCUCCACAACCGAAAGAAACACCUGAAUGGGCUGCAACACCUCAAAGCCAAGAAGAUGUGGUACGACAUGUUCAGAGAUGCAGCUGCCAUCUUGCUGGAUGAGGAAAACAAACGACCCUGCAGGAAGUUCCUGAUGACAGGCCAGUGUGACUUUGGCUCCAACUGCAGAUUUUCUCAUAUGUCAGAGCAAGACCUGCAGGAACUGAGCAUCCAGGUGGAGGGGGUGAAGCCCUCAGAGCCACAGUCUUCCAGUACCCUGUGGGCUGGCCGCCAGUCCAGGAGCUACCCCCCUCCCUGCGGGCACCCCCGCCAGGGGGAUGGCCCCUACAACCCCGAGUGCAGUGGGGCUGAGGCCCCUACCCAUGCUUAACUCCCACUGGUCAUUGUCUCGUCUUUCACAAUAAAACACCUGUUUGCACUAGGGAGGCCAAGCCCUUUCUGCUGUCCCAUGGAGUGCUGAGACUGCAAGACUGACCUCCCCAGGGCUCAGCAGCCCCCGUGGAAGCUGCAGCCCCACUCACCAUCCUAACCUCUUUCACAGGAUGUCUUGAGAAGAUGAGCAAGGAAACUCCCAGAUGUUUAUAAAGAAAGUUUGUCCCCAUGGUGGUUAGAGCGUGUU